GAAAGAGAGAGAGAGAGAGAGAGAGAAACGGAGCCGGAGAGACAAGUAAUAGAGCACCGGAGCACGCGCUGAAGAAGACGGACGUAGGCACGAGACAUGUCUCCAGGAUUCAGGUGUGCGUGGAUAUGCCCCGGGUUUCGUGCUCGCGGAUCAUGGUCUCUGGGAUAAACGUGGAUGUAUCUUCGGACAGCGGAUAGUAUGCCUGCACAGCUGGCACAUCUCACGCGAUGUGGCACAACAUGGCACGCGUAAAGAUGGGUCUCCUCGCUCUCCUGUGUCUCCCCACGUUUUUCUUUCGCGUCCUCGUGCUCUCCCACAGCAGCAGCAUCUACGAGCGCUCCGUGGUACCCCGUGCCGUGUCCCGCUCCGUGGCGCGAAUGGAUGGAGACGUCAUCAUCGGCGCGCUCUUCUCGGUUCAUCACCAACCGUCUGCGGAGAAAGUGGCCGAACGGAAGUGCGGGGACGUCCGCGAGCAGUAUGGCAUCCAAAGGGUGGAGGCCAUGUUCCACACUUUGGACCGGAUCAACGCGGACCCGCAUUUGCUCCCCAAUAUCAGCCUUGGGUGUGAGAUCCGGGACUCGUGCUGGCAUUCUUCCGUGGCCCUUGAGCAGAGCAUCGAGUUCAUCCGGGAUUCCCUGAUCUCCAUCCGGGAUGACAAGGACGGGUCCAAAUGGUGUAUUGAUGGGACCCCGUCCAACCAGCCUCCGCCGACCAAGAAGCCAAUCGCCGGAGUGAUCGGACCCGGGUCCAGCUCGGUGGCCAUCCAGGUCCAAAACCUCCUGCAGCUCUUCAACAUCCCUCAGAUCGCCUACUCCGCCACCAGCAUCGACCUGAGCGACAAGACCCUGUUCAAGUACUUCCUGAGGGUCGUGCCCUCUGACACCCUCCAGGCCAGAGCCAUGCUGGACAUUGUCAAGAGAUACAACUGGACCUACGUGUCUGCGGUGCACACAGAGGGAAACUACGGGGAGAGUGGCAUGGAGGCCUUCAAGGAGCUGGCCUCUCAGGAGGGCUUGUGCAUUGCCCACUCAGACAAGAUCUACAGUAACGCUGGGGAGAAGCACUUUGAUCGCCUUCUGAGGAAACUACGUGAACGUCUACCCAAAGCCCGUGUAGUGGUGUGUUUCUGCGAGGGAAUGACGGUCCGUGGACUAUUGAUGGCCAUGAGGAGGCUCGGGGUGUUUGGGGAGUUCCUUCUAGUUGGCAGUGAUGGAUGGGCAGACCGUUACGAGGUCGUUGAGGGAUAUGAACAGGAAGCCGAGGGAGGAAUCACUAUGAAGCUGCAGUCGGAGGUGGUCAAGUCCUUCGACGAUUACUAUCUGAAGCUGCGUCUGGACACCAACACCAGAAACCCCUGGUUCCCGGAGUUCUGGCAGUACCGCUUCCAGUGCCGCCUGGCUGGACACCCACAGGAGAACAAGAACUACAAGAAAGUCUGCUCUGGAAACGAGAGCCUGCAUGAAAACUACAUCCAGGACAGUAAAAUGGGCUUCGUCAUCAAUGCCAUCUAUGCCAUGGCUCAUGGGCUCCAUGACAUGCAUAAGGAGUUGUGUCCAGGCCAUCCAGGACUGUGCGAGGCCAUGGACCCUAUUGAUGGCAGCAAACUGUUGGACUACCUGCUCAAGACGUCCUUCAGAGGAGUUUCAGGGGAGGAGAUAUACUUUGAUGAAAACGGAGAUACCCCCGGCAGGUAUGACAUCAUGAAUCUACAAAGUGUAGGUGACGGUCGCUAUGACUACAUCAAUGUGGGCUCCUGGCAUGAAGGCAUCUUGAGUAUUGAUGACAACAAACUGUGGAUGAACAGCAGCGACAUGGUCCGUUCUGUCUGCAGCGAUCCCUGCUCCAAAGGCCAGAUCAAGGUGAUUCGGAAAGGUGAGGUGAGCUGCUGUUGGAUCUGCACCACAUGCAAAGACAAUGAGUACGUCCAGGAUGAGUUUACCUGCAAGGCCUGUGAGCUGGGAUGGUGGCCUGAUGAUGACCUGGCAGGUUGUGAGCCCCUCCCUCUCAAGUAUCUGGACUGGGCAGAUGUGGAAUCUAUCGUCGCCGUGGUUUUCUCCUGCGUGGGCAUCCUGAUCACCUCCUUCGUCACCUUCGUGUUCAUCCAGUAUCGCGAUACUCCUGUGGUCAAGUCCUCCAGCCGAGAACUCUGUUACAUCAUCUUGGCGGGCAUCUUCCUAGGCUACAUCUGUCCUUUCACUUUAAUCGCUCGUCCCACAGUGGCCUCCUGUUACUUGCAACGCCUGCUGGUGGGUCUGUCAUCUGCCAUGUGUUACUCUGCCCUGGUGACCAAAACUAACCGGAUUGCCCGCAUUCUGGCAGGAAGCAAGAAGAAGAUUUGCACUAGGAAACCCCGUUUUAUGAGCGCCUGGGCCCAGGUGAUAAUCGCCUUUAUGCUGAUUAGCGUGCAGCUAACUCUGGAGAUCACGCUCAUUAUUCUGGAGCCCCCCGAGCCAAUCAAGUCGUACCCAAGCAUACGUGAGGUCUUCCUCAUCUGUAACACCAGCAACAUAGGCAUGGUGGCGCCACUGGGCUACAACGGCUUGCUAAUCAUGAGUUGCACCUAUUAUGCCUUCAAAACGCGGAACGUCCCAGCCAAUUUUAAUGAGGCUAAAUACAUUGCCUUCACAAUGUAUACUACCUGCAUCAUCUGGUUGGCAUUCGUGCCCAUUUAUUUUGGCUCCAAUUACAAGAUCAUAACCACAUCCUUUUCCGUUAGCCUCAGUGUAACAGUAGCGCUGGGGUGCAUGUUCACACCCAAGAUGUACAUUAUUAUUGCCAAACCAGAGAGAAACGUCCGAAGCGCCUUCACCACGUCUGAUGUUGUGCGAAUGCAUGUUGGAGAUGGGAAAUCAGCCGCUCAGUGUGGAAGCAACAGUUUCCUCAAUAUGUUCCGCCGGAAGAAGCCUGGAUCUGGGAAUGCCAAUUCUAAUGGCAAGUCUGUGUCAUGGUCUGAAUCAGGUGCAAGACACCCUCCGAGGGGGGGGAAUGUGUGGCACAGACUGUCUGUGCAUGUGAGGAAACAGGAAGCCGGCUUGAAUCAGACGGCGGUCAUCAGGCCCCUAACUAACACCCCCGACCCCCACAGUUGUGAGCCCUCGACCUGUGACCUUGGCACAGACCCACAACUCCCCCAAGAACCACCCGGCACUAAGCCUCUGUACAACCUGGCAGAAGAGGACGAUGAGGGUGACGUUCAGCGCCCUCUCUGGACUCCUACUUGCUCUGGACGAGUCCAAGGGCCGGAGCCUGAUUUAGAUAAGCCGGCUUCUUAUUUGCCCUCACGCUUGACGGAUUGCACUACAGAGCGCUUACAGGGGGCUGUGGUGGACACGCACAGCUCCCAUGUCCCUGCACUGAACGACCACCACACCAAGGAGGCAAAUCCUGCCAACGAGCCUUUGAGCUUAACACCUUCUCAACUUCUUGGCCCUCGAGUGGGGACAUUUGAAGAGGAAGGGCCUGAGGAUGAGGAACUGGACCUCUUGCACAGCUACAUUUACGAUGCCAAGGGAGAGGAGGAGGGGGAGGACGAGGAAGGCGAGGAUUUAACUCCGAACAAGCCAGGUCUGGAGGAUUCUCUCGCUCUGUCUCCCCCCUCCCCUUUCAGAGACUCCGUCUGUUCGGGGGAGUCUAUCACCGGCUCCCCCAUCACCGAGUCGAUGCUCGGUAGUCCUCCGAGCUCGGUCUACACCUCAGACUUCCUCCGAGACUUUGCACACAGCUCCUCAACACUGUGA